AUGAGUGUUAUCGCUUCGGCCGCGAGUGAUGUAGCGCACUUCAGCGAUUUCGACGGAGCUCGCACUGGGGGAAGUGAGAAGCAGCGAAAGGAGAAGGCUUUCGUAAAUGCACAUGUAUCUGCUGAACCGCGGAGAUUCGAACAGCAAGGAAAGAAAGCAGAAAAUCAGGAGAAACCUUGCUACAUCUGUCAGAGCUUGAAGCACCGAAUCAAGGACUGUCAUAAGUUCAGGUCUUUAAACUUCAGUGAUCGGUUGAAAGCGGUUGAAUCGCACCAACUAUGUUCGAUCUGUCUCGUUCCUCAUGGAAGAUGGUCCUGCAAGUCGACGCGCACCUGUGGAGUCGGUGAUUGUACUAAAAAACACCAUCCGUCUCUUCAUCCGAGUCAGCAGACUACGAGUAAACCGUCUUCCAACGAAAGCACCGGAGCUCGGCCGAAAUCAGACGCCGUAGUCAAUGUUCACCGUCGUAUUAGAAGUGCAACAAUAUUCCGUAUAAUCCCGGUGGUUUUGUACGGUAGAGAAGCUCAGGUAUCCACGUUUGCCUUCCUUGACGAAGGUUCCUCGUCCACCCUCAUCGAAAAAGAAGUCGCAGAUCAAUUGAACCUUGGCGGUGAGCUACAGCCGCUAUGUUUGACGUGGACGGCGAAGGUUUCGCGCCAUGAAAAAGACUCCAGAAUGGUCAGCCUGAAGAUUUCAGGGCCAGAAAACAUCAAAAGUUUGUCAUUGACCGGCGUAAGCACCGUUCGCCAGCUGGACCUUCCGGUACAGUCGCUGAAAUAUGGAGAAUUAUCUCAACAUUUUCCUUAUUUGGCUGGGUUACCGGUGAAAAGCUACCAAAAUGCCGUUCCUAAAAUCCUGAUAGGGUUGGACAACAUCAAACUAUCAUUGCCUCUCAAGACACGUGAAGGAUGGCCAAGCGGACCGGUGGCAGCAAAAACGAGGUUGGGAUGGACCGUUUUCGGUAGUAUCGGUAACUCAAAAAAGAUUUCAACAUCUCCAGUUUUGCACAUCUGCAGAAGUGUACAAGAUGAGAAACUUCACGACCUUGUAAAGGGAUAUUUCGCGGUGGAGAACCUGGCAGUUUCCGUAACGGGUGGGCCAGAAGCGGAAGAUGAUCGACGAGCGAAAGAAAUUCUGCGACGAACGACGGUUAAGAGGGCCGAUGGCCACUAUGAAACGGGAUUGUUAUGGCGAAGUGAUGCGGUGGAGUUGCCGUCUAGUUACGGUAUGGCAGAGCGACGACUUAUCUGUCUAGAGCGAAAAUUGCGAAAAUAUCCUGAAUUGCAAGCGAAUCUGAAAAAACAAAUUUCUAAAUAUCAGAGCAAAGGCUACGCUCACAAAGCCACGUCCCAGGAGUUGCAAGAAAGUGAUCCGAGCCGCACAUGGUAUCUCCCGCUCGGGGUUGUUACGAACCCACGAAAACCCGGAAAGAUACGUAUCAUCUGGGAUGCAGCUGCCAAAUCAAAUGGUGUGUCCCUAAACGACAUGCUGUUAAAGGGACCGGACCUUCUUUCGUCAUUACCAGCUAUAUUGUGUCGCUUUCGACAGCGGCAAGUCGCGAUCGCAGGUGACAUCCGUGAGAUGUAUCACCAGCUGAAAAUCAGAAAGGAAGAUCGACAAGUUCAACGUUUUUUGUACAGAAGUGACCCAGCCAACGAGCCUGAAGUGUUUGUGAUGGACGUGGCUAUCUUUGGAUCGACUUGUUCACCGUGCUCAGCGAACUUCGUGAAAAAUAUGAAUGCGAUGAAGUGGAAGGAUCAUUAUCCGGAGGCGGCAACGGCGGUUGUAGAAAACCACUAUGUGGACGACUACCUGGAUAGUCGCGACACAGCAGAGGAAAUGGCGAAGCUAGCAUCAGAGGUCCGAAGUGUGCAAGCAGCAGCUGGAUUUGAACUUCGAAAUUGGCGAUCAAACUCGAAGAAAGUUUUGCAGGUCCUAGGAGAGAAUAUGGCAGAAUCACCGAAGGAUUUCAGCGUCGACAAGGAGAGACAAGUGGAACGCGUUCUGGGUAUGGUAUGGUUGCCGAACGAAGACAUUUUCGUGUAUUCCGUUACUUUACCGAAUGAACUUGAGCGAUCAACGUCAACAAAAAUCUUCACAACAAAGCGAAGCAUUUUGAGAUUUGUUAUGAGCAUUUUCGACCCGCUUGGCCUAAUCUCGAACCUACUGAUUCACGGGAAGACAAUUAUCCAGGAUUUGUGGAGAGCCCAAGUUGGAUGGGAUGAUCCUAUUCCAGCAGACAUCUUGGAGCAGUGGGAACGAUGGGUUGCCCACCUCUCCAAGUUAAAUCAAGUUCAGAUUCCUCGCUGCUAUUUUCCCAAUUACCAACUGGGCACGCUGCAUACAUUGCAGCUCCAUGUAUUCGUAGAUGCAAGCGAGUUGGCCUUUGCCUGUGUUGCCUACGUCCGAGUCGUCGACCAAGGACAGCCACGAUGUUCGCUAGUGGCCUCGAAAGCAAAAGUUGCUCCAUUGAAGCCUUUGUCAAUUCCAAGGAUGGAGCUUCAAGCGGCGGUAAUUGGAUGUCGGCUAGCAAAGUCUAUCGCAGAAUAUCACACUCUUCCGAUUACACAGAGAUUCCUCUGGAGUGAUUCAAGAACAGUUUUAUCGUGGAUCAACUCUGAUGCACGCAAAUAUCGCCAAUAUGUUGCAGUACGGAUUGGUGAAAUUCUGGAGGAAACUCAGUCCGAGGAGUGGCGAUGGAUACCCACCAAGCUUAAAGUCGUGGAUGAGGCCACUAAAUGGGGAAAAGGACCCUUGUUGCAGCCAGAUGGGCGUUGGUUUACCGGACCAGAUUUCCUCUACAAGGCGGAGAAUGAGUGGCCCCAAGAGCGAGUGUCUAUAAACACCGAAGAAGAACUUCGUGCUAUCCACGUACAUCAUGUGCAGUUCAUGCAGCCAUUUCUUGAUAUUGAUAGAUUCUCUAAGUGGGAGCGAAUGCUUCGGGCAACGGCAUAUGUAUACUCGUUUGUAGAUCGUUGCGGGAAAUUAAGAAAACAAAAAGCCAAGAUGACUGGAUGUAUACUGUUGCAAGAGGAUUUUGUUCGAUCUGAGAGAGCGCUAUGGAGACUUGCGCAGGCGCAAGGAUUCGCGGAAGAGAUUGUGAUACUGAAGAAAAAUAAAACGUCAAAUGGAGAACGGCUAAGACUCGAGACAGACAGCAGAAUCAGACAUCUAUCACCAUUCUUGGAUGAGUUCGGCGUGAUACGUAUGGAAGGUAGGACAGAAGCAUCUCCCCUGGCAGCGUACGAUGCAAAAUAUCCAGUAAUCCUGCCGAAAAAUCAUCACGUGACUGAACUUUUAGUGGACUGGUGUCACAGACGUUAUGGACACCAAAACGGCGAAACUGUGGUCAAUGAGCUCCGCCAGCGUGCAAAGAACCAAAUUUGA